CUCCACGGCGAGCGAAUCAGCGGCAGUGGCAGAGCGUGCGCCCGAGAGGCCCCGUCACACCGCCGCCGCACGCCGAGCGCCGAGCGCCGUCCUCCACCGCCUCCACUCCACCUCGACGAGAACGCGCCCCGAGCCUCCCCAAGAACGCCGGAGCCAAGUCGGUGAAGCGCGGACUUUGAACCACCUGGGUUCGACUCCUCAACCUCCCGCUACCAGCCGCCUCUCCCCCCCCCCUCGAUGCAGAACCCCUCCAGCCUUGCGUGAUCCACAAAUCCCCCCCCCCCCCCGAGCGAGCUCACGAUGUCCGCAAUCGAAGGCCUGCGGGCGAACCUGCAGCAGCUGACGGCCAAGCUCCAGGGCGACCUCAAGCCGGCGCUGGAGGCGGCGGCGCUGAAGCUGAGGACGGCCGUCGAGGAGGCGUCGGUGGCCGCGUCGCGAGCCUCCGACACCGUCUCGGCGCAGCUCGAGGCCUGGCGCGGCCGCCUCGAGCUCAUGGUGCCCAACACCGUGGAUGCCCUCCACGCGCUGGCCCACAGGUACCCGGCCAUGCAGGCGCCCCUGGCCCGGCUGGAGGAGAAGGUGCCGCACCUCGACGUGGUGCUGCCGCUCGCGGCGGUGCUGCUGGCCGCGGCGCUGGUGGCGGUCGCGUACGGAAGGUUGCGCGGCGGCAAGAGGGGGCCGGCGGUGGAGACGACGUCGGGCCGGCCGGACGGGAAGAAGAAGAAGAAGAAGCAGGAGAAGAAGGCCGUCGCCGAGGAGGGCAACCUCCACCACGCGCCCCGGCAGAGCGCCGUGUCCUCGGGGUCAGGGGGAGGUCACCAACACCUCCAGAUGGACGCGGCCACGCUGGAGGCGCUGGCGGAGCGCCUCUACCGCGUGCUCAAGGUGGAGCCGUUCGUCGUGAAGGGCUCCAGGGACUGCGACGAGAGGCCGCCGCCGCCGCCGCCACCGCCGCCGGGCCGCGGGGUGGACGCGUCGCCCGCCGAGGGCGCCGUGAGCCCCGGCGUCAAGAAGAAGGAACGCAAAGAGAAGAAGUCGGGCCGCCACGUGGAGCACAAGGCCACCGAGGUCGCCAACGCGGCAGGCAAUCAUGAGAGAGCUGUGGAUGGGAGUGAUGGCGAGCUGAAGAACAGCGUGCACGCGGCGGAGGCAGACGGAGAGCACACGGUGGCUGAGGAUGGACACGGCAAGGACAGCCACGAAGAAUGAAUGUUAACUCCCAAUGAAGGCGUCUUCCCCAUCGGCAACAGCCCCUAUUCAUAGCCAGACCUGCAACUACCAAUGUCUGGGAGGCUCAACCAGGGCCACGAGUUCUUGAACAGGCUUCACCUGUCUCUGUCAGCACCGCCCUCUUGUCCAUAAGCACACCCACUCAGCAACUAGCCCCCGCCCACUGCAAAGUUAGCUCCACCCACUACUCAGGUAGCUCCUCCCACUGCUCCGGUAGCUCCUCUCACCACCCAGGUAGCUCCUCCCACUGCCCCGGUAGCUCCUCCCACUACUCAGGUAGCUCCUCUCACUACCCAGGUAGCUCCUCCCACUACCCAGGUAGCUCCUCCCACUGCCCCGGUAGCUCCGCCCACUACCCAGUGAGCUCCUCCCACUACUCAGGUAGCUCCUCCCACUACUCAGGUAGCUCUGUCCACUGCCCCUGUAGCUCCUCCCACUACUCAAGUGGUCCCGCCCACUGCUCAGGUAGCUCCUCCCACUGCUCAGGUAGCCCCGCCCACUGCUCAGGUUGCUCCUCCCACUGCUCAGGUAACCCCGCCCACUGCUCAGGUAGCUCCGCCCACUACUCUGGUGUUUCCACAGACGACUCAGCUCCACCGUCUACCCAGGAAGCUCUGCCCGUAUCACGAAUCCCUUAUCGUGGUGGGUGCCAUUAUGAACCCGCGGAGAACUGCCCUGACCAUAACCAGAACAUUUGGUAGCUUUAACCGGACCCCAAGCCACCCCCCUACACCGUGCACAUGGGACGGCGAGAUCAAGUCUUCGUCAGGGGUCACCCAUCACCAUCAUCACCAUCACCGUCGUCUCUCCCACCAUCGUGGCCACUCGUGGAAAGUCAACAGAGGUGGUCCUCUGGAGAAACUGGCACCUAUCAUGGGAAUGCGGAAUUCACGCCGCUGGUCCAGGGUCGCCAAUGGAGAUGAGUGUUUGCCGCAAGCUCCUUUGAGCGCUUUGAAUUUUUUGGAUAUUUAA